AUGUUUAAACCAGCGUUUAGCUUUGCCCGAUUGUCACGCAGGCUGUUGUCUUUUACUCCGGAGGAAAAGCUCAUCUUUGACAAAUUGUCCAAACAGUUGGAGCCCAAGCAGAUCGACGUACGAGAUGUCAGCGGUGGAUGCGGUUCAAUGUUCGCUAUAGACAUCACCAGUGAUAAGUUUAAUGGACUUUCGAUGGUCAAACAGCACAAACUGGUCAACAAAAUUCUCGAGGACGAUAUUAAACGGUGGCACGGCUUGCAACUGCGUACGCGAAGCAAAUAA